AAGGAAAAACACAUCGGAGAUCCUACUCAUUUCGAUGGGAAUCGAAAGGAUGCAGUUAGAUGGUUCAUCUCUGUCAGAGUAUAUUUAGAAGAAAAUCAUGAAAUAUAUGACAUGGACGAAUCAUGGGUUAAGUUUGCCACUCAAAGGAUGACCAAAGGCACAGCACGAGAAUGGGUAGAUUCUUUUUACCAGAAAGUCAUGGCAAAAGAAUACCAGAAUAGACAACUGGGAAGUACCGAAAGUGCCUGGGGAACAUGGAACAAAUUUGGUGACCAAUUUUGGUUAUCAUUCCAACCCCUAGACCAGGAAAACUUGGCCAUCUUGGAAAUGCAAACCUUAACUCAGAAGAAGUGCCGAACUUUGGAUGACUAUAUCCAGAAGUUCCAAUCAGCAUUCAUGCGAUCCAAUUUACCUGAUGGAAAAACAAUCGUUCAGAUGUUUAUGAGAGGUUUAGAUCAAGAUCUUGCGUUAUCAAUUAUUAACCAAGGAAAACCUCCAGAAACAUUAGCCAAUUGGAUACCCAAAGUAACGGAAGCCUAUAACUGGCGAAGACAAUACUCGGUAGCCUUAGGACACAAAUUACCGGAAGCAUCACUCUAUAAAAAUCAAACAUCCCACUCACAUAAUCAUGGCGAAAAUAUGUAUCAUCAGCAAGAUCCCAAUGCCAUGGACGUGGAUGCAAUUGACUUCCAAAAGUGCAAGGAAUACAGGAAACAGGGGAAGAGCUAUUUAUGUCACAAAAUGGGACAUAUGCAACACGAACAUUAUUCCGAACUAGGAGGAAAACUACCACCAGUACCAGGGCAGCCAAAAGAACCCCCGAGAAAACAGAACCGAAACAAGGGAAACUUUCAACAAUGGAAUAACGGUAAAUCCCAAAACAUCCGAAAAAUCGACAACAAUGAAUCCCUUAAUGCCACCGACAUAGCAGCCGAAGAAGAUACUGAUUCCCAGGAUUUUUGA